AUGGACGGUGUUUUCAUCAACAAAAGGUUCAUUAUGAUUGCCUUAUUCUGUAUUGUUUCUACCACGGUGCAUGGCCAAGGUACCCGUGUAGGGUUCUAUGCGACUACAUGUCCAAAAGCCGAGUCCAUUGUCAAGUCCACGGUUCAAUCCCAUCUUAACUCCGAUCCUACUCUAGCUGCUGGCUUACUCAGAAUGCACUUCCAUGAUUGCUUUGUCCGAGGUUGUGACGCUUCUGUCCUUGUUACCGGCUCUGCCACCGAAAGAACAGCAUUUGCAAACCUCGAACUUAGAGGAUUUGAGGUCAUUGACGACGCAAAGACACAACUCGAGGCUGCAUGCCCCGGCGUCGUGUCUUGCGCCGAUAUUCUUGCCCUUGCUGCUCGCGACUCUGUUGUCCUGAGCGGUGGAUUGAGUUGGCAAGUGCUUACAGGACGUAAAGAUGGUCGUGUGUCACAAGCUUCGGAUGUUAACAACUUGCCUGCACCUACGGACUCUGUUGAUGUUCAAAAACAGAAGUUUGCAGCAAAGGGCCUCAACACACAAGACCUCGUUACCCUUGUUGGAGGACAUACGAUAGGUACCACAUCAUGCCAAUUCUUCAGCAACAGAUUAUACAACUUCACCGGAAAUGGCCCUGAUCCUUCCAUUGACCCUUCAUUUGUUCCGCAACUACAAGCACUCUGCCCUCAAAACAGUGGCGGCAGCAACCGUGUUCCCUUAGAUACCGGAAGCCAACUGAAAUUUGAUACUUCUUACUAUGCUAAUUUGAGGAAUGGACGUGGAAUUCUUGAGUCAGAUGAGGCACUAUGGAAUGAUGCUUCCACAAAGAUGUUUGUGCAGAGGUAUUUAGGCCUAAGAGGGUUGCUUGGCUUGUCUUUCAGCGUUGAGUUUGGAAAUUCUAUGGUUAAGAUGGGCAACAUUGGAGUCAAGACUGGUGCUGAUGGUGAAAUUCGCAACAUUUGUUCUGCUUUUAACUAACUACUUCAAUCAAAUAAAUGUGUAGCUUAAUAGUAUAUGUGUUUUCAUUUGCAAAUCAUCAGAGUCUAUGUAUAAUAUCUUUUUAUUUUUUUAAAGAAAAAAGAAAAAAGAAAGUUUUUGGUGGUCAUUGAUCAGAUGAUCAAAUAUUUAA